CCGACUACCGCCGACGUCGCGAUGCGGCCGCAUCAUACUCCCCCCCCCCCAGUCCGACAGCUCGGGUUCCUCCCUCAGUCCGGCAGCUGGAUUGGGCUGGUGUCCAAAAUGGCGACGUCAAUGUCCGGCGCGACCUCCAUCAACUCAAUCGAAUCCGGCUGGAGGAAAUUAAAUUCCCUCCAUUCACCUGCCGGGUCCACCCGUCGGCCCAGGUUGACGACAGGCUCCCUGGCCGUCGACGGUUGUGCGGUCGGCGGUUGAUGAGUCGGUGGCCGGACGGGCGAUGGCUGGACGGUCGGUGGUAAAACGGCCGGUGGUGGUGGCUGCGGUUGCGGCUGAACGGCCCGGAUGGGCGGUCGGCGGCUUGGGGCCGUAAACGUCCCAUAACAUCGCGCACGCUGUGGCGAUGGUUGGAACGUUCCGCCGGCCGGCUGGUCGAGGCGGGCGUCGCCUAGCUGUGGCGUGCCCCUCUUGAUGUCUCUCGAUCUCUCUUUCGCUUCUCGACCAAGCACCAUCGCUGAGGGAGUAUUACCAGAAAGCCGGUUCUUUCGGUUACGCACUGCGAAGAGUAUUGCUGGUAAACAGCUGUCCCAUUGGCUGUGGGGCAAAGGGAGAAAGAUAGUAUUAAUGUUUGCGAUCAUCGUGAAUAACGGUAUGCUUACUGGUAUUUGACGAUCUGGGUGGCGGUGGUGGUGACGACGGCGUCCCAGGGAUGACACCGACCGUAUCUGACACUUGAACGAGUUGACGUUCAAGUGAACUAGACGCGGCUUCCCAAAGAUCAUCUAAACCAAGAAAUGGGAGGUAGUAGGUAGGUACUGUUGAAGGGUUGGACAUUGUCGACAAUGAUGUAUGUUCAAUCGACAAAUGAUCACGUUAGACAUCGAACAAAAAUGCUGAUGUACUCGAUUUAUUGAAAAUGAUAACCGAUCACGCCACACGCGGGGUGAAUAUAUAGGGUCAAAUUAUUAUAGAUAUACAUACCAGUAGUGCAGUAUAUGGUAAUUAAAAAAAAAAAGCAGACAGAAUUAUGGAUAGGCAUCAAAGUGUUGCAAAUAAAUAAUGGGUCACAAGAUUAUCCGGAUAAAAAAUGUGCAAUUGCAACAACACCUGUCCGGCGAAUGCACUAUAAAUACCGGCGCUAACGAUAUAUAUUGUCUUUCAAUAACCGGCAAGUUCAUCCUAACACAUACACACAGUGACAAUGGCCCAGUCUUGUCCUGUAUGUAAGUUCACGUUUGCUAGACGAAGCAAUAUGCUACGACAUCAAAGACAGUUCAACCAUUACUUAGUUGGACCGCAUCAACCCGGAUCAAUUCAGCAAACCCCCGACGAAGUACACAUAGACUUGACCGUGGAUGAUGAUGAUGAAUCCGUCAAUAGUAUUUACAGUGAACCGACGACCGCGUCUCAACACACUGAACAUCGUCAAAUUCAUGUUGAUGUCGAAGUAUGGAUAAACUUGACUACAGAAGAAAAUAGUGAAGCAGACAAUUUUAGUAACAUCGGGGAAACAGCGACCGCGUCUCAACACACUGAACAUCGUCAAAUCCAUGUUGAUGUCGAAGUAUGGAUAGACUUGACUACAGAAGAAAAUAGUGAAGCAGACAAUUUUAGUAACAUCGGGGAAACAGCGACCGCGUCUCAACACACUGAACAUCGUCAAAUCCAUGUUGAUGUCGAAGUAUGGAUAGACUUGACUACAGAAGAAAAUAGUGAAGCAGACAAUUUUAGUAACAUCGGGGAAACAGAAAGAGUACCGGUGACAAUGGAUUCGAUCAAUUACAGCAGUGUCUGCGACGACCAAAAUAUCGAUAAAAAUAAUAAUAAUAAAAAUAUACAAAGCAACAACAACAGGGUUGAUCAAUUUAGAAUAUAUCGACGUCUGGCCUCCGUCUCCGACACACCACACAGGAACCGCCGCCGACACAGCGAUAAGAACUGGUGGUGCCAUGUCAAUGAACGGUCAAAUGGAAGCUACCGAUGUGCCGAGUAUAAUCACAUCAACGUCUGCUACAGACGUCCGCAAUAACGAUAAUAUGCAAUUACAAACUCCGAACCGCAAGAAUACAACCAACACAAUUAAUAAUAAUAAUAUGAUUAUACGUAUAGUGAUAUUUAAUUAUAUACAUAUAUAUAUAUUUAUGUACAUAUAUUAUUCAACAGUUAGUAGUAUAAUCUAAUUUUAUUGGAAUAUGUACUUGUAUUCCCGACACACAGUAUAUUUUAAAUAACAAUUUGCACUGAAAUUACAAUUUUAAAUGAAUCAUG